AUUCAGCUGCUGUGAAGUGCAGAGCCGGAUCUGUUCUGUGAGAUAGAGGACUGUUGGACCCCCCCCCCCCCCCUUUGUUUGCUUUUCGUUUGAUCCAAGCACGGCUCGUCCUUGUCAAGUGCGAUCGUUGGGGGCGUCGCCAUUUGGGGCGUGGUCGUCCGAGUUGGAGCCAGUGAUUUGCCCGCCCCGACUGAACAGAGCAUCCCACCGUCGCAGCGGCGUGACGAGAAUGGCCGCGCCAACUCAGAAGGGCCAACUCACGGCCUCCGAGAGGAAACUUUUGCAAGUGAUUGAGGCCGGCGAUGUGCAAGAAGCGGCCCAAAUGCUUUCAAGUGAUGAUGUACGAGUCAACUGUUUGGAUGAGUGCGGGAUGACGCCCCUGAUGCAUGCGGCUUAUAAGGGCAAAGCCGAUAUGUGUGGCCUGCUGCUGCAGUGCGGGGCUGAUGUCAACUGCAACCAACACGAGUAUGGAUACACAGCUCUCAUGUUUGCCGGCUUGUCAGGGAAGACGGACAUCACAUCCAUGAUGCUGGACGCCGGGGCCGAAACGGAUCUGGUGAAUUCCGUGGGUCGCACGGCCGCUCAAAUGGCGGCGUUCGUCGGCCAGCACGACUGCGUGACGGUCAUCAACAACUUUUUUCCGCGGGCGAGGCUGGACUACUACACCAGGCCCCGAGGGACGGAGCGGGAGCCCAAGCUGCCGCCGGCCUUGGCGGGACCCCUGCACGAGAUCAUCAUGACGACCAACCUCAACCCGGUCAAGAUCGUCAUGCUGGUCAGGGAGAACCCCGCUCUGGUGGACGUCGGUGCCUUGGAGAAGUGCUACCGGGUGAUGGAUCUGCUGUGCGAGCAGUGCGUGAAGCAGACGGACACGAACGAGGUUCUGGCCAUGAAGAUGCAUUACAUCAGCUGCGUGCUGCAGAAGUGUCUGACCUUCCUCCAGAAACGAGACGACAAGUUGGAUGCGUUGGUGAAGAGCCUUCUGAGGGGGAGAGACAGCGACGGCUUCCCGCAGUACCAGGAGAAAUUCAUUCGAGACUGCAUCAGGAAGUUCCCUUACUGCGAGAGCACGCUGCUUCAGCAGCUGGGCAACGACCCGACGGCAUACUCGGUGUUAACUCAGGCGCUGACGGGUCAGAUGGCCUUUGUGGAUGCCGACUACUGUGCCACAUGUGGAGAGCGGGGAGCUGACAAGCGGUGCUCUCUCUGUAAAUCUGUGACUUACUGCAGUCUGACGUGCCAGCAGCUCCACUGGUUCACCCACAAAAAGAUGUGCAGGGCUAUCCAGGAGCAGAACGCCCACUUGGGAAGCGACGCCCCGAGGCUGAAAGAGCCCAACGGUGCUCACUCGUCCGGUUCACUCGAGGGUGAGCGAGAAAGACGCCCGGUUAAUCCUCCUCGCUUCCCGUUGGAUGGAGAGCGCGACCUGGCCACGGAGACGGCCAACUUCCUGCAGGAGCUGUGCAUGCGGGCCGAAGAGACGGUGGCUGCCGUCGGCGGCUGCCCCGCCGAGCUGCUCGUUUGCCCAUCUGCGCCGACGCACGAACCGUCCGGCUCCCAGCAAUGAAGAGAAACCGUCAGAGACACCGACGAUUACGACGCGACUGUCGCCCCCCCGUCCCUCCGCCCCGCCCCGCCCCGCUUGCGAUCACAUCUUAUUUAUUUUGAUUCUUCUCAUUCCAAGUUUGUUUCGCGUACGAUUCUCCGAUCGCACCAACAAAGAAUGAUAAUCUCAAGUGCCAGGGGAAACACACUUUGGAGACGGCGGUGGUUGUUUUCAAGUGCUUGAGAAAUACAUUUGGUUUAUGACGGCUUGA